GAAUGUGAGCGAGCUUUGCGAAAAAAAAUGGAAGAAAACGGUGUGAACAAAAAACACAAAAACAAAUCAUGAUGGUUGCUCGUUGAAUCAGUUGUUUGGGACGUGAUGCACUAUACACAGAACGCAAUCUACCGUAGUUCUGAAUAGUGCAAACAUUUUUUUGUUUUCAUUGUUUCCACUCUUUUGAAUUACUGCUCCUUUCCAACGAAAAACUAUGCUUUCCUUGUUUUUCAAGCAAAAGCUUAGUAUUGAACAAGAUUUGCGACUCUUCGAAAAGUUUAAGAAUUUCCCACAAAAAUACGAAUCAGACGUUGAAAUCGGCGAGUUUUAUUCCAAUGGGACUAUUUACUUUGAUGAUGCAAGAUUAGCACAGGAGAAAGUGAUUGAAAUGCAACAAGAAGGGUUCGAGUUUCUCUACAUAAUCGACGAACCAACUCCAAUUCUUCACGAUGAUUUUAUUUGUCUUGAUAAAGAAAUUCAAGACGAAAGAAAUUAUUCGAAAUGUUCAGUUCAAGUCAAAAUCCCAGAAACUCCUCCACAAAACUAUGCAACUACUGAGCAAUUUGAGCAAUUCACAAAGAAAACAAUCGAACAGUUCAGUAUUCUUGCUAAAACAAUGGAGCGUGCUAUUUCCGUCCCAACCACUCCUUCAACACCAGCAAGAGCUGCACCUGCUUCAGUUCCAAGUACUUCUAUGAGUGCCGAGUUUACUGCAAAGAACGAGUUGAUUGCUAAUGGAAUUACUUGUAAAAGGUGCUCGAAAAAUAUUCGAAAUAUUUCACCGAUCACACAACUUGUAAUGGCUGUUCGAGAUCAUGUUAUGGAACAUUUCGAUAAGGAAAAUCCACAUCUCAAACGAUUCUCGUGUCGACAAUGCACUGAUUUCAAAACCAAUUUUGUCGAUGAUUUUGAAAAUCAUUUGAAUAGACACGGAUCGAUGACUUCAUUGCCUGAAAAACGUCAAAAGUUGACUGUCUCUUUGCUAACUGAAACUCUUCUCAAAAUCAUUUGCAAGCUGUGCAACGCAUGUUUUCCGGACGUUUUUGAGAAGUCUCCACCUGCCAUUAAUACGAUUCUCGCUGUAACCACACCACAAAAUGCCAAACUCUCAGUUUUCCCGAAUCUUGAUCGUCUUUACUGCUCCCGAUACAAUAUUCCAUAUCGAAGACAUUCGCUUCCACCGUCAACAAUCAGAAUUGAUUAAUUUCAAUAAUAAUUUCGAAAAGUUUAACAUUCUCAUUUCCGUUACCUACGAUCAACUCAUAAUGUCUACCAUAAAUCGUUUUGUUAAUAA